UAUAAAAGUUAAAAGUUUGUCGUUUGGUUAUGAUUGUAUGCUCAUUAAAGUACGUGAAAAUUUCAAAUGCUUUACAUUAAAAAGUGAUAUAAAUUUGCUGUGAUCAACAAUGUCGUUGAAAAAGAAAGAACCUACUUUAGCAAAUAAAAUAAGUGAUUUGCUGACUAGUGUGCCGAAAUCGUAUGGAUCGGAUGAGGAGUGCGAAGUAACAAAAGCAAAAGUUGUCGAUUAUGAUGAGGAAAUCGAUGCAUUGAGUGAUUUUAAAAGGGAAUUUAAUAGUUCAAACAUUCGAACUCGUAAUAUUAAUCUUUUGGAAGAGGCCGAUGAUAGGUACCAAGGCAGAAAAGUUUCGAAAAAAGAAAUUUUUAAUCAAGAUGAUAGUUUGGAUGAGAGUAACGACGAUGAUGAUGUGGACGAUUCUAUGGAAGGAAGCACGAAAGAAAAUGAGUCGGAUAAUGAGAACGACGAUGGUUCGUCGCAAGAAGAUUCGGUGAACAUGUCAGAGAACGAGGAGUACGAUAACGAGUCUGAUAACGAGGAAAAUUAUUCGUCGUUAGAUAUUUCAGAAAGUCAGUUAAACGAAGAAAAAGAUAAUACAGAAUUAUCGGAUGAAGGCGAGGAAAAGGAAGCUAAUAACGAUGAGGACGAUGUUACUGGUAACAGUCGUGCAGCUAAUUCUUUGCUAUUGGAUCGUAGAUCCAAAAGGGGCAUUAAAACUAUGACUGCUGUAAAUAUUCGUGCAGAAAUAGAGAAAGCCAACUGUGUUCAAGAGCAGUUAAGAGUUUGGGAAAAUUUUUUAGAAAUAAGAAUUAAAUUGCAAAAGUUCUUGGUUAACAGCAACGCAAUGCCACAGUACGAUACGUAUAAAACUUUUGAAUCGAACGAUGAAUUUAAAAGCAAAUGUACAGAAUUAAAAUCUAAUCUUAGUGAAUUAUUAAAUAACUUAAUACAAUUGCAGACUAAUCUUGUAAAUAAUUAUUCCGAGACAAAAGAUCUUUUAACAAAAAGUAAGAAAAGAAAGAAGACGGUUGAGAAGGAAAGUGGGUCAGACUAUGACACGAUGGACGAGGAGAUUCCUUCUGACACCGAAGAUGACACGAAUAGCGUUAAUGAAAGUGACGGGGACUCGCAAGUAGCUGAAGAAGAGAAGAGAAGCAACAAAACAAAGGAAUCGGCCAGGAAGAAAAUUAAAUUAUCCGAGUUUGAAGGUGUUAUAGAUAAAAAUUUUAAAGCUUACACGGAUUAUAGAAAUGCCACAAUUCAGAAAUGGAAUGACAAAACAAGGAUCGCUUCGGGCAUCAUAAACAAACGAGCGAAUCAGCCUGCUCUCAAACAAAUCGAGUUCCUAUUGGCUAAUAAAGAGAAAUUAAUAAAGAAAACGCAAUUAAAACGUUCUCAAUACGAUAUCAUUGGCAAGGCCACAGAAUCUUUGGACAAUGACGAUGGCAAUCGUGUUCAAGAGUACGAUACAGAAAUCUUCGACGAUGAUGAUUUUUACCAUCAGCUCUUAAGGGAUCUUAUAGAAUUUAAAUCAAGCGAUAUAACAGAUCCGAUACAACUGAGUAAGCAGUGGGUUCAAUUGCAAAACAUGAGGAGCAAAAUAAAGAAGAAAGUCGAUACGAAAGCAACCAAAGGCCGUAGAAUAAGAUAUAGCGUACACCAAAAGUUGAUUAACCUAAUGGCACCCAUGACGACAUUGGAUACGUGGACGGAUCGCGCUAAGGAUGACCUCUACAAUUCCUUAUUUGGCAAAACCCGAUUACACAGCAUCAAGGAACCAACAUCCACGUAAUGGAAUUCAUUAUGUAUAUA